AAACUAGGCAGAAUGGAUUGAGAGAGAGAGAGAGAGAGAGAGAGAGAGAGAGAGAGAGAGAGAGAGCGCUUCACCACUACAAUGAGAGCACUGGCAAAGGUGUUGGUGGUGCUGGUGGUGGUGACGUCCAAUCUUCUCAGGUGUGCGCAGGGUGAGCUUCUUUGGCACAGACUAUUUGGACCCGCAGCAGGAGAGGGCCCGCAGAGGUGUGCUUGUUCGUGUGGUCUGCCCAACCGCCGUGCUAAGGUCGUGGGCGGCAACUUCGCAGAGUUCAACGAGUACCCGUGGCAGGUGGCGCUGCUGUACAAGGGCCACUUCUACUGCGGCGGCACUCUGAUCAGCGACCGCUACGUGCUGACCGCCGCGCACUGCAUCAGAGGGGUCAGCAUUCACAACCUGCGCGUGACGGUCGGGGAACACAUCCGGAGCUUCCCGAUCGAGACCCGCAGCGAGGAAUACGAGCCGGUCUACUCCAUCUUCCACCCAGACUUCAACAAGACAACCUACAACAACGACAUCGGCCUCCUCAAGCUUAGCCAUAAAGUCAAAACACACAUGUGGUUCUCGCGUCCCGCCUGCCUCCCGCUGCCUGACACAGACUAUGUGGGAGAACUGGGCAUUGCCACAGGAUGGGGUCGGAUCUCAGAGAAGGGGGAGCCCACUGACACCCUGAAGGAGGCCCUGGUGCCAAUCUUCCCCAAUGCUGUGUGCCAGGCACUGCGUUACCAGCCCUACGAGAUCACGGACAACAUGUUCUGUGCUGGAUACAUCAAUGGCGGCACAGAUUCUUGUCACUCUGUGUCGGUGGCAUCAUUGCAGGGUGACAGUGGAGGUGGUCUGCUGUGGGAGGGCUCUGAUGGCAAGAUGGAUGUGAUAGGUGUGGUGUCGUGGGGCCAAGGGUGUGGCAGGCCUGGCUACCCAGGAGUCUACACCCGGGUGACUCGGUACCUGGACUGGAUACACCAGCACACCCGUGACAGCUGCUACUGUGGCCGGAGGAGAGGAAAGCUGUCGGGGCACCUGCUGGGGGGAUGACAAAAGCCUUCACUAGGACCUCAGUACUUUGAAGAGUUGUAGCCAGAAGUUUGUGGUGUUUUUUUUAAAUACUAAACAUAGAUAUUCUCUACUAUAGUGCUGUGUUGAAGCAUGAGAGAAUAAAAGAAUAAGGAAUUUAGUGUGAAUAUAGAAGUUGGUUGUCUACAAGUCUUUUUCAUCACAACUUUGGAUAGUGAAGUGUUGUGACACAACUUAAGUGAAAAGUGAAAAGUGGUGACUUUUUACUCAUGAAUGUAGGAAGUCUUGGAUGCCAAGAUGUCUGCAGCUACUGUGGUGGUGACUACCAGGCUGAUCUGCUGCCAUGCUUUUGCUGGAAUGGUGUGAUGUGAGACAUGAUGAAAUGAGUGAAAGGAAGCAGUCUGGUCACACUGCAGGAUGAAGAUUGAAGAGCUUGUAAAGCAAGUGUAUACAUACGAGUAAAUUUUGUGAAUCCUACUAAGGAAGACCAAUUGGAAGGACAGAAGUUUUUAAUAAAGAAAUAUAAACAUGAAAGAGGUGAAGGGGACAAGCAAGGAGCAAGUGUUUGGAUUGGAGGAGGCGAGAGACAUUCUGAAGGAUACCGCUGGAGGGAGUGAGGCAUCAGAGGCAGACAAGAGAUGUGUGAGGUGUCAGCAUGGCAAUGACCUGAGCCUAUAGAUCAUGGAUAACCUCAAUGUUAAAUACCACUGUGUUCCUGCUUCUCGAGCAAAUUUCAUUAAACUAGAAUACUGAUUUAAGCAUACAUGUACUGUAUAGUGAUUACAGUAACAAUAUCACACUUCCAAUAAAAAUUAUACAUGUCUACAUACACAUUAUAAUGGUUAGCAAAUUUUCUAUUCAUAUGGAAUUAGAUAAAUUUUUGUAUUUUCCUGUCCUACCAAAUCAUAUACCUCGCUGUGCCAUAACAUACAAUCUUUAUGCAGGCAAAUCAAAACAUCCUUCUUGAA